UGGUAGAUGGGCGGCACCAGCGUCUCUGCUACUUCCGGCCAUUUCCUACCGAGUCUCGCAGAGUCGAGUAGCUACUAGGCAGUUCCCACAGGGGUCUAGGGGGAUCCGGACUGCGGCGGCGGCCCGGCGGGCGGGAUGUUCCGAGGGCUGAGUAGUUGGUUUGGCUUUCAGCAGCCGGCGGCGGUGGACGAGCCAUCCCAAGGAGACGGGCAGUCAGCGGGAGACAGUCCACCUGAGCAGCCCUCGGAGACGGUGGCAGAGUCCACCGAGGAAGAGCAGCACUCUACGGAGGACCAAGAGUUCCUCCACCAGGCCAGAGGCCUCAGCAACUAUCUAUAUAAUUUCGCAAGUGCUGCCACAAAAAAGAUAACUGAAUCAGUUGCUGAAACGGCACAGACAAUAAAGAGAUCUGUAGAAGAAGGAAAAAUAGAUGACAUCAUUGAAAAGACAAUUAUAGGAGAUUUUCAGAAGGAGCAGAAAAAAUUUGUCGAGGAACAGCACACAAAGAAGUCUGAAGCAGCUGUGCCCCCGUGGGUCGACAGUCAUGAUGAAGAAACAAUUCAACAACAAAUCUUGGCCUUAUCUGCUGACAAGCGGAAUUUCCUUCGCGACCCUCCGGCUGGUGUGCAAUUUAAUUUUGACUUUGACCAGAUGUACCACAUUGCCCUGGUCAUGCUCCAAGAGGACGAGUUACUGAGCAAGAUGAGAUUCGCCCUGGUUCCUAAACUGGUGAAAGAAGAAGUGUUUUGGAGGAACUACUUUUACCGUGUCUCCCUGAUUAAGCAGUCAGCUCAGCUUACUGCCCUGGCCGCCCAGCAGCAGGCCUCAGGAAAGGAGGAGAAAAGCAACAAUAGAGAGAAUGAUUUGCCUCUGACAGAGGCAGUACGGCCCAAAACGCCACCUGUCGUAAUCAAAUCUCAGCUUAAAACUCAAGAGGAUGAGGAGGAGAUUUCUACUAGCCCAGGCGUUUCUGAGUUUGUCAGUGAUGCUUUCGAUGCUUGUAACUUAAAUCAGGAGGAUUUAAGGAAGGAAAUGGAGCAACUUGUGCUUGACAAAAAGGAAAAUGAGGCAGCUGGACUCGAAGAAGAUUCUGCUGAUUGGGAAAAGGAGCUGCAACAGGAGCUUCAAGAAUAUGAAGUGGUGACAGAAUCAGAGAAGCGGGAUGAAAAUUGGGAUAAAGAAAUAGAGAAGAUGCUCCAGGAAGAAAACUAGCUGCCUCCUGAAAUUAAAAUAAUAAUAAUAAUCCUUAACGUUCUACAAAGUGACAUGAAAUUCUAAAUGUUAAGCGUUCGCUCGAUGAGUCACAAGGCACAAGAGUGUAACUUUAUGAAAUUCCAAAUUAUUCUUUUUUCCAGCUAAAACUUGCCUCUUCUACUUUAAAAAAGUAUAUAGAACGGUUAUUCUAAUAAUCAAGAAAAGGGAUGUUUUAUGGGUAGCAUUUCUUUAAUAUAAAUUGAAUUAGAGAUGUUCUUAUAGGCAGUAGGGAAUAUCUUUGCCACAGAAACACAGGUAAAAUUUUAGGUUAUGUUUUCAGUCGUGGUUUUCAAAACAUUCAUAUUCCUCAUUGCAUUUUUGUUGAUACAUGAUGUUAAAGUACUUAAUGGAUUGAUUACUAUCAAAAUGACCAAAUUAUACCAAAGAACUUAAGAGGAAGCACUUUCAGGACUAUUUCCUUGCAAGGUAUUUUCUAAAAUUCCAUCUGAAAGCCAAAAGGUAAAAUAGUGAAGUUGAUUUUAAUUAUAUAAACAUCACACAAUUUGACAUUAAGAUAAGCUAUAGCCUGGCACAGGGGGCACUCCUGUAGUUCCAGCAACUGAGGAGAGCAAGCCAGGAGAACCUCAAGUUUGAGGCCAGCCUGGGCAAUGUAGCAAUACCCCGUCUCAAAAAAUAAAAAGGGCUGGGGAUGUAGCUCAGUGAUAGACUCUCUAGGCUCUGAGUUUGAUCACCAGCAAAGCAAUUUUAAAAAAAAUAUCUGGGCAUGGUGGGGAGCCCCUGUAAUUCCAAUUACUUGGGAAACUGAGAUAAUAGGGAUGCAAGUUUGAAGCCAGCCUGAGCAACUUAGUGAGAUCUUCUCUCAACAUAAAAAGGACUAGAGGUGUAAGUUCAGUGGUGGAGUGAUUGCCUAUCAUGUGUGAGUCCCUGGGUUCAAUACCCAGAACCAAAACAACAAAAAAAAAAAAAACUGUGCAAACGUGUUUGUAAAAAAUGUGUCUUUCUGUGGCACUGUGGUGCACACCUGUAAUUUCAGUGGCUCGACUCGAAAGUCUGAGACAGGAGGAUCAUAAGUUCAAAGCCAGCCUCAGCAACUUAUCGAGACCCUGUCUCAAAAGAAAAAGGUCUGGGAAUGUGGCUCAAUGAUUAAGCAUCUCCAGGUUCAAUCCCUGGUACCAAAAAAAAAAAAAAAUUCCCUUGGGCCUCCUCUUAAAAAAAAAAAAACUAUACCACAAAUUUCACUUCAUGGUUUUCAUAGUUUUUGUAGACAGUGGAGCCUUCUUUCCUCUGUCCUUUUUUGUAUUAAUCACAUUCAGAAGCCCAUUCACCUAUUAAUGUCUAUUGUUCUUUUAAUGGUCACUACAUGUACAUGUUCUAGCUUUGUCUUAAUUAAACUGUCAGUCUUUAUGGAAUUGUGUUCUUGAGUACAACUCUAGAACUUAUUGAUUAAAACUUGUAUUCUGCUAUACCAGCA